AUGGCCUCCUCUCCGUCGUUGACAGAGAUUGACGUACCUUCGUCGUCUCCCUCACUACUGCCUCCUCCAUCGGGUUCUCCACUGGCCAACCUCUACAAUCGCCUCGCGUCAUGGCGGCGUUCGCUUGAGCUCCCCAACCCAGGCACAGCGGAGAAUCUCCAGAAAGAGGUUAAAACCACGCUCUUGACUAACUUCUUCUUUGAUGGAGCGAGAGCAGAUUUAUCCAAAAGCUUGUCGGUCAAUCCCAUCUUUCAGGUGACGCAUUCGUUUGCGUUGGGCUCCCAGACCACUCCCCCGUCAUAUAAUUUUGGUGCAGUAUUCGCCAGCAACAGUAUCUUUCUACAAGGUUCCGUUGACCAUGACGGCAACGUCAAUGGGCGCCUUAAUCAGGGAUGGUCAGCGAACAAUGUAACCAAAGCGCAGGGCCAGGCCAGUUUUACCGUCGUUACUGUGUUGUCGUCGCAAGCAGGACACAGUAUGCUUCAAGUGGAACACGAUUACAUGGGUCAGGAUUACUCGGUCAACAUCAAGGCUGUGAAUCCAUCUCCAAUAGACUUUACCGGUAUCUACAUGGGAAGUUACUUUCAAUCUAUCACCAAAAACCUUGCGCUAGGUGUGGAGAUCCUUCACCAACGACCAACUCCGGAAAUGACGGAGAGUACUGCUUCGUACUUGGCGAAGUAUACCGGCUCAGACAAAAACUGGAUCGCGACCGCACAAGUUCAACCAGCAGGUAUUCUGCAGGCCACGUACUGGCAGAAGCUCAGUGAUAAAGUUGAAGUGGCCGCGGAUCUGCAGCUAAUCGCAGCACCUACGCGGAGAGACGCGAUUGCCUCACUGGGUGCAAAAUACGACCUUCGUAUGUCUACGUUCCGGGCGCAGCUAGACUCUACCGGCAAGGUUUCAGCAUUGCUUGAGCAACGUUUUGCCCCGGCAUUCGCAUUCUUGGUGUCCGGUGAGAUAGAUCACUUCAAGAACGGAGCGAAAGUCGGUGUAGGUGUGAUGAUCGAGAGUCCGAGCAUGACACCAGAGGAAAUGGGUAUGAUGCAAAUGCAGACACCAUCCCAGCCAUGA